AUGAGUGCCGAAAAGACAGGCUUCGCGAGAUAUGCACCAAUUCUCAUUUUCACCACCAUCAAUUUAUUGAACUACAUGGAUCGUUACACAGUUGCCGGAGUACUCGAUCAAAUUCAAGCUUAUUACAACAUCGAUGAUGCGAUGGGAGGUUUUAUCCAAACUAUAUUCAUGGCUUUUUACAUUGUGUUUUCACCCACAGCUGGCUUUCUGGGAGAUAGGUACAAUAGAAAAUGGAUCAUGGUAGUUGGUAUAAGUCUUUGGGUCGUUAUUGUACUCGCGUCAUCCUUCAUUCCAUCCAACUUGUUCCCAGUUUUUCUCAUCCUGCGAGGAAUGGUCGGGGUAGGAGAAGCCUCUUACGCUAUAAUUUGUCCAUCUGUGAUUGCCGAUAUGUACACGGGUAUCUCUAGGAGUCGUAUGCUCAUGGUUUUCUAUUUCGCUACGCCUGUAGGAAGUGGUCUCGGCUUCAUUGUCGGAUCUAGCGUAAGUAGUUGGUUAGGAUGCUGGAAGUGGGGUAUCCGAGUCACUUGUAUUUUCGGAGUGAUUUGUAUUUUGCUCAUCAUUUUAUUUGUUGAAGAACCUGAAAGAGGUGCCGCUGAGAGAGAGAUUGGUCAUAUCACAGCCGAAGUUAAGAAUUCAAAUUAUCUGAAAGAUCUGUGGGAACUGUGCAAAAAUCCAACAUACAUGACUUCUUCCUUCGGCUAUACGGCUUUGGUCUUCGGAGUAGGAACGCUGUCAUGGUGGAUGCCAACAGCUAUCGAGCGAAAAGAUGCUUGGAAAAGAGGGUUAAACUCUACCGUCUACUUGCCAACAGAUACAACAAAUGGAAUUAAUUUGUACUUCGGAAUGAUAACUUUGGCAGCCGGAUUAUUAGGAGUUAUCGCUGGGACAAUGAUUUCGAAUCUCAUGUCUAACGGUGUUAAUCUCGGAUGCUGUUACCUAAAAACAAAAAGAUCGGACGCAAUAAUAUGUUGUGUUGGCGCAAUCAUUGGUAUUCCUACCAUGCUUGUUGGAAUUUGGGCUAUCGCCGACCAUAUGGCUAUUUCUUGGGCCAUGAUAUUCAUAUGCUGCACAGCCCUGAGUUUCAAUUGGUCGACAAACGUCGACAUGCUAAUGUCUGUUGUCAUCCCAUCCAGAAGAAACACGGCAAACGCUUUCCAAAUUUUGUUGUCGCAUUUACUUGGAGAUGGUUCGGGUCCAUAUAUUCUGGGAGCUAUAUCUGAUGCAUUACAAGGGAAUGAUAAAAGCAUGAAAUCUCAAUUUCAAUCUUUACAAAAAUCAUUUUAUUUGGCCGAUGUCGUAUUAGUAUUAGGAGCAGUCCUAUAUGCAGUAUCAGCCUUCACUGUAGUAGCGGACCAGAAGAAAUUUGAAGAAGAAAUGGGAACGCUGACUUCAGCAGCUAUAAACGAAGGAUAUGAUGACGAAGAAAAGAAAAGAGAACUGAGCAUUUAUGAAGACGAAAACAGGAACAUGAGCAUGUAUGAUGAAACACCUGAAACUGUAGAACCGAUCAAUAUCAUUGAAAGAUUUUAG